CAAGUACAGGUGCAACUCACAAACCAAUUCUUCGUUCUGUACUGCAACACAGAGUAUGGCAAAUUUCCCGCUGACAGUAAAUGGAUGAUGUUGCAUACACAGUUUUGGGAGAGUUUAUUCCUUCUCAUAUUGCUUCUUGCUGGGUAUGCGUGCGAUAGCUGCCAUGAUCAGAUUGACAGUGCGAAUGUCGCCAUUCGGAACAACAUUGGAGAAAUGGCCGAGAAUUGCCCAGCAUGGAAAUGGUUGGAUUACUUUCAUCUUCAAACUUUGUACCAGUUAAAACGGCAGCGAUUUUCGGUGGGAGGACUGUUCGUGCUUGACAACAGACUCGUAUGCAUGGUACUAACAUCAAUGGUGACAUAUUUGGUUAUAUUGAUACAGUUUCGACAAUUUGAAAAUGAUGAUGUGAUGGUAUUGUUUAGUAACGGUUCUGUAACGAUUUAAAUGCCUCACAUUUUUUUACAUACAAAUUUCAUACAAAACAUUAAGAUCAGUGAAACACUGUUCGCAACGAAAUUCCUCAGCUGUGUUACCGUACAGUCGCCGUAUACAGCCUUAUCUGGGACAUGAUAUGAUGGAACGUUCUUCUACUUAAACCACACACGUCAUUCACGAACAGUGAACACCUUACGCAGAAAAUCAAGGUCACCGUUCAGAGAAGAACCAGCAAAAAAACAAAACAACGGGAAACACCACCCUGCAUAAAUGCUUGAAAUAAAUUUUCGAUAUCUCACGCAUUAUUACACAACGCACACAAAUACACUUAUGUUCGUUGCUGUGAAUGAAAGGCAAAGUUUUGAUUGCUGAUAAAGGUGUUUUGGGAGAUAAGAGUAUCAGCCGAUUUUUUUUUUAUUUGGCAACAUGCGUAUAGAUAGUGGGAAUAAACGAUUUUUCGCACAUUGCAUAAAACAACAAAACCAAAACCAAAAACACAACAUUGCCACGGAAGCAGUAAACG